AAUUAUUUUCGACGUCACCGCGUCGUUGCGCGUCGGCAUCGGCAUUAUUAUGUUAUAAUAGUUUAUUUUUACUCUCAUUCAUUUGUUAUACUCCGAUUAUCAGCUGAUCAUAUUAGCUAGUCGAUCAUUAUCGGAAAUUCAAAACAUUAAUCGUGACAAUCGUGUUUCUGACGACCGACAUUAACGUUAUUCGUGUAUUUGUUUUCAAUUUUUAAAAUGAACUCAGUACAGCAAAUACUGCAAUGUAAUUUUUCAUCAAUCUCGUUGGAGAAAAAGAUGGAGAUAAAAAAUACAGGUAUAAAACCCAUGACUGGAUUUGUGGUUGUUCAGAAACAAAUCGUUUGUAUUGUUUUCCCUGUCUACUUUUUGGUCAAAAAUCUAAUGAUACCGCUUGGGUAAAGAAUGGAAUAAACGAUUUAAUUCAUUUAAAUUCUAAAAUCAAAACACACGAAAAAUCAAUAACACACAUAAAUUCUUAAUUAAAUUUAAAACUAUUAGGAAAACAAGACAUAAAACAACAACUUUCUUAUGCGUAUCGGUUGAAUAUCAAACAAUACAAUGAAAAAAUAAGUCAUAAUCGUUAUAUAUUGAAUAAAAUCAUAAAUUGUAUUAAAUUUUGUGGAGCAUUUGAGUUUGCACUCCGAGGUCACGAUGAAAAAUCAAAUUCAGAAAAUCCCGGCGUAUUUCGAGGUCUUAUAAACUUUAGUUCAGAGUUAGAUUCGGUACUAAAAUGUCAUAUUGAGAACUCUUCGGUAUUUAAAGGUUUAUCCAAAUCAAUCCAAAAUGAUUUACUAGAAUGUUGUUUAGCUGUAUGUCAACAAAGAAUUAAAAAUGAAAUAAAACAAGCAGAAUAUAUUUCUGUAAUUGCUGACGAAACAACUGACGUAUCUGCUCAAUUUUAAUUGUCAAUAAUAUUUAGAUAUUUACUAUCGGAUGGAACACCAGUAGAAAGGUUUUGGGGAUUUUUCAAUCCUAUUGGACACGAUGCGAAAUCGUUGUCUGAAUGCAUAAUAUUCAAUUUGGAAAAAGUCCUAGAGUCACCAGAUAUGUUGAUUUGUCAAAGUUACGACGGCGCAAACGUGAUGAGUGGACGUCUCAAUGGUGUACAAAAAAUAAUAAACAAUAGCUAUAAAAAUGCACAUUUCAUAUAUUGCUAUGCUCAUCAGCUUAAUUUAAUUUUAAUUUAAGCAACUUCACAAAAUCGUGAGAUAAGAAUUUUUUUUUCAAACUUAACUGAUAUAACCAAUUUUUUUCCAACAGUCCACAGCGGGUUACGGUUUUGGAUAAAAUUGUUAAACACAGAGUUCCUCAAUCAUCUAAUACUAGAUGGAAUUUUAAAAGUCGAAUAGUAAAUACUGUGUAUGAAAAUCUAGAGUCAUUAAUUGAAUGUAUGAAAGAAAUUGACUCAACAUUUAAUCAAACCAUAGCAAUUAAUCAAGCUGGAGCUUUGCAUCGAAUGUUAAUUGAUGAUAGAUUUAUAUUUUGGUUAAGAGUGUUUCAUUCUUUAAUGCCCCAUGUUGAUAUUUUAUAUAAUCAACUACAAAAACAAACUAUGGAUCCAGUAGAACUCUCAAAGGCAAUUUUUCGGUUCGAAGAAAAUAUAUUAAAAGAAAGACAGAAUAUUGAUAACAUCUUUGAAACCUCUCAAAAUCAUCUAACGAAAAAACGAAGACAUGAUGAUACUAUUGAAACAAGAAAAAUCGCUGCAAAAGAAGUAUGUGACAUUUUUAUUGUCAACGUUAAAGAACGGUUUGAUUAUAAAAAUCACUUAAAUGCUUCGCACCUAUUUUUAUCUACCAAAUUUCCUAUGUACGAAAAUAACUUUCCAAUUGACCAUUUUAAUAAAACUAUUGAAGCAUAUCCUAGUUUGGAUGUUACUAAACUUAAAACUGAACUACAACUGUUCUACAAAAGAACCGAUCUCCGUGAUAUUAAUUCAACAGUUAAUUUAUUGAAAUUUAUAAUUGAAAAUAAUUUAACACUAAUAUUUUCUGAAAGCUACAAACUCUUAAAAAUAAUUUCAACUAUUCCAAUGACUACAGCUGAAGCCGAAAGAUCGUUUUCUACAUUAAAACGUAUUAAAACAUUUUUGAGAAAUUCAAUGACAGAAGAUCGACUUACAGCACUAGCAAUGUUAUCGAUCGAAAAACGGAUGAUCAAUAACAUUCCAAACUUCAACGAAGAAGUAAUCAACAGAUUUGCAGAAAAAAAAGAGAGGAGAAUCGAUUUAACAUAUAAACAUGUACCUGAAAUAUAAUAAUUUGUAUCUACUU